CGGGAACCAGCGUUGUCCGGCAACCGGGAUCGACGGAGCGCCGGAUCGAUCGAUCGGACGGAUCGAGCGAAUCGCGUUGACGAGAACCAAUCGGAGAUCUUUGCGCGGCGAGACGAGACAACGAGGAGGAACGUUCGAGCUCUCGAUCGAUCCGGCAGCGAUCGCGUAGGAAAGACGCGGACAUCCGUGUUCCAGGCAUCCUCGCCGCGAAAUCGAAUAAUCGGAUAAAAUAUCGAGUGGGAGAUCUUACGGAGGGACCAAAGUCGGCCCGCGCGAUCUUCUUAAAAUAGUGCGCGAGUUGCUUCCACUUCGAUCUCUUCUUCUUGUUUCGAAUCACCGGAGCUCGGACGACCGAUCUCGCUCGACGAUUUCGUCGCCCGCGAAUAAACUGUAUUCGGUCGGAGUUCUCGAAGUUCGCGAAGUUCACCAGGGAGCACCGAGGAAGAUCGGAGACUCGUGGACGCGAUGAGAACGGUUCUACGAUUUUCGGCCGAGUCGUCGCGAGAAAGGAUCGCCUGGCGCAGAAGCGUCGCAUCGUUAUCCAGUUUCGGAGCUCGUCGCCGUGUUUCCGUCGUAACGUUGUUCGUCGCGUGACUCUUCGUCGAAAGAGCAACCGUCCACCUAGCAAUCUCCUCGAUCGCGCUCCGCCCCCUUUCCCGAAGAAAGAGGACCACGAGUACGCAUCGAGAUCGCUUCGUCGAAAGUCAACGCUGUUGACCCCAACUUCCAUCUCGUUCGCGCGUUCUCGACGCGCGUCCGAUGCACCGUCGAUGCGCUUCCGAGUACGCCGAGCUAAAAGGAACGCGACGACGCGUCUCGCGGGAACACGUGCAUCGUGGAUAACAAGAUCGUUCCGGUAAUAAAGCGGAGAACGCGAGCGAUCGCGGUCGAAUCGGACGUCUCCGCGCGUUCGAGAUCGGCGAGCAAAUACGGACCUUCGAAUGCUCCGGGAAAUCCGACGCUCGGAUAAGAGGUUCUCCUAGCUGCUUCGGCUCCGUCGAGGAGCACGUCCCGGUAAUUACCGGUAUCGAAAAUCGAUCGGACGAAAAUCGCCGUGGGACACGGAAGAAGACCGACGACGCGACGAUUCGUUCGUCUCGAAUCGCGACUCGUUGUUUCUCGGCGAAUCGAAGGAUCGAACGCGGAACUCUCUGUUCCGCCCCGGCGAUUAUCCACGAAUUCGGACCGCGGCUGAACGGCCGAUUUGGUCGUUCGGUUGGCAAAUCGCUCCGAACAUCCAGUUGAUCCUCGAUAAAUCGUGCGCCGCGAGCCUCGAUCCGGCAGGAUCCACGCGGACGACGAAUGUCGAGUGUAAUUACGCCACUGGUUCUGUGCGAGCCUGCGCCGAGAUCGUGCUCUCCAGGCUCUAUUCGACGCGAUAAUUAGUGAUUCCGCCGUGAAGCCGCAGUGUUGUGCUUGAAUCGAUGCGAUUCGGAUGACGUUAACGGCUGCUAGGCUGGACGUCAUGGCGUGCAUCAGGGCACCGAGGUCCGUCUGCGAAUCGAGCGACGACGUCAAGGCCGAUUCGACUCGCAACGUCGUACAGAUCUAUACGGAUUGGGCGAAUUACUAUCUCGAGAGAGGUGGGUGCAAGAGAAGAGUGACGGAUCUUCAAUCGGAUCUGUGCGACGGUGUGCUUUUGGCUGAUUUGGUGGAAGCAGUCACGAACCAGAAAGUGAUCGACGUCAACCGAAAGCCGAAAACCGCUCAACAAAUGGUCGAGAACGUGAGCCUGUGCGUGGGUGCGCUCCGAGCCCUCGGGGCGGACGUGGGAUCCGUGAAUCCUGUGGAAUUGGCGGCAGGAUCAACCCUCUGGCCGGUCCUAGCCCUUCUUUUCGCCCUCUCACGAUACAAGCAGAGAGCGAAACAACUUCAAGACAUGCCUAGAUUGCCGUCGCCGUACAAUAAGCAGUCGACCGUCGGCGGGGCAGGUGGCGGUCCCGGCGGUGGAACAAGCAUACCCUUACCUGCUACCGUGGCUGCUACCAGAAGGUGUCCCCCGGAUAAAGUUCGACCAGCUCCAACUCCGACGCAUCAAUCACAACUUGGUUUGAAGCACGGAAACGGUGGCAUCGGAAGUGCGAGCAGUUCCAGGAGCACGAGCCCGAGCCAACAGCAGCCACCGCAAGGUGGCCUGUCCUUUAUUCCUCAGCCUAGAAGUCAAAAUUCAACGAACAGACAAACGGCAACCACCACUCCUAGCCCUCGGACGUCGACGGUGGGUAAAUCGGGGAGCACGAGGAGCACGACGCAGAGUUCGCCGUACGCCAGCACAGGAGCGACGACGACCCAGCAGAACAAGAACUCGGUGCUGGACAAGUUCAAGCUGUUCAACAACAAAGAGAAGAACCAGGAGCGCGGCAAAGCGUCGUCCGGCGUCUCGAAGCGCACCUCGAGCUCCUCGGGCUUCUCCUCCGCCAGAUCGGAGCACUCGGACAGUUCGACGUCGUUGUGCGACCAGAGCAAGGUCCAGGUGGAGUCGCCGAAGAGCCGGGCGUUGAAGUCGAAAUUGCAGUCGGGCAAAGCGGCGAAGCAGGCGAGCCCGAAGACCGUGAGGAAGGAGCAGAGCAAGAUCGCGCGGACGAAGGGCGGCGGCCCGGAGAAGCUGGUCUGCUACAAUCCGCCGUUGGAAGAUGUCAAGUCGGCCAGCAAGAUCGGCGGCGUCGGCACGAAGCUGGCCGCGUCGGACAAGGACAAGAAGUCCUCGAACCUGCAGGAUCUGCUGAAGCAGCCGACGAGCGGCGGGCAGCUGCACAAGCCGAACCAGGCCGCGUCGUUGCCGGGCAAGCAGAUCAGCGCGCAGGACGCGAAGAACCUGGGGAACCUGAGGAACGAGUCGACGCAGCAACAGCCUAGACCGAAGAUGGAGCUGCCGGGGAAGAUAGCGGACGCGAAGAUGCACCUGCAGAACGCGAAGAUACCGCCGAACGGGCUGAACAAGGACAUCCUGGCGCAGAAAGGACUGUUGACGAGCAACGCGAACGGCAUGAUCAAGCAUCCGGACCAGGAGGACGACGGAAUGGAUCGCACGCUGUCGAUGAACCAGGCGAACCUGUCCGAGGACAAGCCGUGCAUGGACAAGCUGAAGGCGAUCGUGGACGACGCGCAACCGACGAGCAAACAGCCCGGAGGAUUCGACGCCGGCAGCAAGCAGCAUCAUCCGGCGAACGCGAAACUGGCGAACGAUCUCGAAGAGAUGGAGAGCGUUCAGGAGAAACGGCCGACGCCUGCCACUCCUCUGAACAGUCCGGAAGGGACCGCUGAUGGAAAGGUGACGAUCGUCGCGCAGGAAGCUUCCUCGACGGCGAACAACGACGGCAACGUUCCCGCGCAGAACCAAAUGACGAACGGGCCGAAUUUCGGGCCGAGCAGCAAGCAACUUCCGGGGGGCUUGGUGAACGCGCCGCCUCCGUUGCAGAGCAACGCUUUGACCGCUUCCGGGAUCGGUCCGGGCUCCAGCAUUCCGAAGCCCACGGCCUUGGUGAAAGGCACCUCGAAACCGCCAAAGGAAAACAACAUGCCGGGCGUACCGACGCCCACCAAAUUGAAGGCAGACGUUUUGCAUCGCAAGCUGGACCCGAGCACGGUCGCAAUGGUGUCACCGAUGCCGAGUAUUUCGGACCUGAUGUCCGAGAGCUCGCACAGCAAUUCGAACAGCACCGGCCAGAGCAAUUCCAGCGACAGCAGCGUUAUUUAUAGGCCGAGCAGUGAAAGUGGCAGUGAGAUCAAAACCAUACCCAAUAGAAAGAUUGACACGACCUUCGAGCAAAUGGAGAAGGUCCUGUCUGAAAGUUCUUCCUGCGCUGGAGGUUCGAUGGCGGACGACGAGGCCGAGAUGACGGUGAAGCCGAUGCAGCCUUUGCUGCGCGGCUACACGCCCGGUGCCAGGGCUCUUCAGACCCUGCCGAGCAGAACGACCGCAAGACAGUACACGAUUCUUCAUUCCUCCUCUCAUCAUCAUGUCGGUCACGAUUACGCGGACAUCGACGUCGCCUCUGGUUAUCUGAGCGACGGGGAGGUUCUUCGCGGCGGCAUGAACGUCGGCAGCAGAACGCUGUCCGACUUGUGCGACGGCUAUAUGUCCGAGGGCGGUGCUUCCUUGUACGCGCGUAGAAUCAAUCCAUCUUACGGUCACGAUCACGAAAGGUACGUGGGUGGUUCGAGGCGAGAGUUGUCAGGGGUGAAGGAACUGGUGACCUCGAGGAGGGUGCAGAAGAGACCCUCCGCGAACGUUGUAAGGUCGGAUGGAGGUUGCAUCGGGGGCAGUCCAGGAAGCGGCGGCGUCAUUGCAGGCGGCUUGCUAGGCGGUUGCAGCGGCGGCAACGACGCCUUAGCAGAAUUAACCAUCGAGGACCUGGCAUCUCUUCCCGCCGGAAAUCACACCUCCGCCAAUCACACGGGCCAUUCCUCUCAUCACAAGAGGGUGCCGGGUGGUGGCGGCGUGAUUGUGGGGGGUGGCAGUAGUUCGGCCACCCCCCAAGGUGCACAACAGGGCAGCAGCCUUGUGUACCGCGUGGUAAGCUCCAGACAUCCUGGCGGCCAUCAUCCGCAUGUAAAGAAAUCGGACAGCUCUCAGCAGACUGACAACUCGGCGUUCAAACACCAGCAACAGCAACAGCAGCAGCAGCAGGUCUCGAACAGCUCGGCGAACAGUAGCUCGAACAGCCAACAAUGGAAGAAAUAUAUCGAGGCCGGAGCUGCGAGGGACCGGGAGAGAGACAAGGAUGGCGCGCCACCGAGUCCUAGUCCCUCCAGGCGAUCCCAAGACAAACACCGGAAACAGGCCAUGGCUGAAUAUGCAAACGGCGAAAAACCUCAGAAAGUUUCAUCGGGAACGUCGACUAGCGGCAGCAAUAAAGUUAGAGGAGUGCCGCAGAGUUUCGGAUACGUUAAGAGACACAGCGCUGGCACCAGUCCCAGCCCCAACGGAGUCCAAAAUGGCAGCAAAGACACUACGAGAACUGCUCAAGUUAGCGCUGUUCCGAGGACAAAGGUCAAAGUAUCCGGCGGAACGCAAACGUGCACCACGGAACUGCAGGCGAACUCCUCUACGUCGAGUCAAGGACAUCAUUAUAAGAGUUACAGCCUUACCGGUCCCAGCGCCAGUCAACUUUCCCAAUCAGUACGGGACCGACUUAUGCUCGGUUCGCAAAGCCUGCCGAAGCCUGGUAGCCCAGAAUUCACGGCGCUGUUCGCGUCUGCUCAUCACAGGGAGAGAGGAUCCGGAGCCGGACCAACGAGUGCUUCCUUCUCGCCGCGAGUACUGAAACCAUCCGAUGGAAGUCUCAGCGAUACGUGCAGCAAUUAUGCAGCCCCCGAUCUGCAGGGGUAUUACACCCCUAACAGUCCGUACACUACAUCCUGGAUGAGACACAGCAAUACUUAUACACCAAGUGGACGUUCCCAAGGAAUGGGCCUGUGCGAAGCCGACAGCGUGGAGUCAUUGGGAUCUCACCGAGCGAGCUUAACUCACGCCCGUUUAUUAAUGCAUCAGAGGGACUCCACCGGGUCCCCGGCACCGCCUAGACUGAACCGAAGCAAUUCCAUUAGCCAUCUGCGGGACAGGACAUUCCCAAGAUCCACGAAGAGCGAAAAAAUGUAUCCGUCGAUGUUAGCUAGAGGAAGCGGAGCAUCAUCCUCUGUCGGCGAGGAAGUCGGAGUCGGGAUAGGAAUGGGCGUGGGUGUUGAACCAUAUUACAGUGUCCCCGUGGGAUCUACCGGGUGUACGGGGCAGCACUGGUCCCAGCCAACGUCCCCGACGCCCACGCACACAUCUCGACAACCGCCUAAUCUCUACCAGCAUGUGCAUAAAGACGACGACAUCCACGGAUCUUCUGUAUCUUUGGUAUCGACAGCGAGCAGUCUGUACAGCUCGGCGGAGGAAAAGCAGGCGCACGAGCUGCGGAAACUGCGGCGGGAGCUGCUCGACGCGCAAGAGAAGGUCCAUUCGUUAACCAGCCAGCUAUCGACCAACGCUCACGUGGUGUCGGCCUUCGAGCAGUCCUUGUCCAACAUGACACAACGGCUGCAACAACUCACUGCAACAGCUGAAAAAAAAGACUCGGAGCUUCAGGAGUUGAGGGAAACGAUCGAGAGGCUCCGGAAACAGAGCGCCGAGGCUGGUCUGAACAAUGGUCCGAGCGCGAACAACGGUCGCCGUCAUACCCUCGGCGAUUCCGAUUCCGGGACGACCAGCUGCACCGGGAACAGCAAUCAUCAGGGCGCGUCGAUGGCGAGGCAGUUGUCCGCGGACAGCGUGACGUCGCUGAACUCGCUGAGCAGCGCUUGCUCGGCGAGCAGUCACCACAAGAAGAAGGGCUGGCUGCGCAGCUCGUUCUCGAAGGCGUUCUCCAGGUCCCGGAAGAACCGUCACGGCUCCGUCUCCGACGCGGAGGACUGCAAGGAGAGCGCCGGGGGCGACCUGAGCGCGCCUAACAGCCCCAGGCUGCCCACCGCCGCUAAACACGAGUCCGCGAGGAGCCAGGGCACCCGAAGCAAUGGCCAGAAGUCGCCGGAAGUCGAGAACCCGCUGUCCGGAAGCAAGAGCAGCUCCGCAUUGUACAAGAAGGAGGACGAGGACGUGGUCGAGCUGAAGAAACAACUCCGGGAGAAGGAUCUUGUGCUGACGGACAUCAGGCUGGAGGCUUUGUCCUCGGCGCACCAGCUGGAAUCCUUGAAAGACACUGUCAUCAAGAUGAGGAAUGAGAUGCUUAAUUUGAAGCAAAAUAACGAGCGUCUUCAGAGGUUGGUAACGUCGAAAUCUUUAACGUCGUCACAGUCGUCAUUGCCCAGUGACCCGGACAGACGUUUCAGCAUGACGGAGGUGGCCUCCACCGUUGCCGCAUUGUCAAACGGCGACGCCUCCUCGGCGGCGGAUCAACUGGAAAAUUUGAACGUGCCGGAACACCCGGUGGUGCCAUCGACCACCUCGGCAACGGGAGAACCGACCCUGGAGCAGGACACGGACGGGAAACGGAUCAACGUGGCCAUCUAUCUGGGCAGCGAGAAGAACUUCAAUUAUAAUCUGGUAACUGGAAGCACGUCCGACGGGAACAUGGGCGAGCCCCCCCAUUGCGUCAUCGCAAGCGUCUGCAUCAGCAACAAAACUACUUGGGACUCGCUCGAUUCUACCGUGAGACGUUGCUUCAAGGAAUAUGUCACCAGAGUUGAUCCUGUGACGAAUCUCGGUCUAGGCGUGGAAUGUGUCGCCGCUUAUCAUCUCGGCGAAGCCUCUAGGUGCACCACCGACUCUCAGCAUCCGGAACUGCUACCCUGCGGAUAUCUGAUCGGCCACGUGAAAACGAUUUACUUAGUGCUCUCCGGCUACUCGUGGCUCGCGGUGGACACCCUAAUACCACGAUCCAUUGUGCAGCGGCUGAUAUCACUGCUAACCGAGCAUCGCAGGGUCAUUCUUUGCGGACCAAGCGGCACCGGAAAAAGCUAUCUGGCUGGAAAAUUGGCUCACGCCCUGGUAGAUAUCGACAACGACACCAAAGACGCUGCAGCGGUGGCCACGUUCAACGUUGAUCACAAGUCCAGCAAAGAGCUCAGGCAGUAUCUCGCGCACAUCGCCGAAAGAUGCGACUCGAACGCAGCCGACGAGCUACCGAGAGUAAUCAUACUCGAGAAUUUGCAACACGCCGCGUCCUUGGGAGAGUUGUUCAGCGGCCUCCUCGGCACGAGACACUCGUCUUGCCCAGCUAUUAUCGGCACAAUGAGCCAAGCCACUUGUAGCACAACAAACCUUCAAUUACAUCACAAUUUCAGGUGGGUGCUCUGCGCUAACCACAUGGAACCAGUUAAAGGGUUCUUGGGCCGUUAUCUCAGGCGAAAACUAUUGGAGCACGAGCUUCGCGAAUGUGGUGGGACCAGGAACGCAGAAAUGGCGGCGGUUGUCGAGUGGUUGCCCCGUGUUUGGUUACACCUGAACAAGUUCCUAGAAACUCAUAGUAGUUCCGACGUGACCAUAGACCGUUUAAUAACGAAUGUUCCACCUCCAGGACCGCGACUAUUUCUGUCCUGUCCGAUGGAGGUGACAGGUUCUCAAGUAUGGUUCACGGACCUGUGGAAUUACUCCGUGAUACCGUACUUGGUCGAAGCGGUCCGAGAAGGAUUAACACUUUAUGGCAGACGCGUCAGCGGCAAUGGAAACGGCGACACUUCCUGGGAAGAUCCAGCUCAAUUUAUCACAUCCAGUUAUCCGUGGAUCUCGACGCACGCGGUGCACGGUGGCAGCGAUGCGCUUCUUCGAUUACGUCCCGAGGAUGUUGGCUACGAUGUCGUUACUUCCGGACACACUUCCGGAGUCGGAGGAUCAAGCGUUAAGAGCCUCGGAAGCACGCACAGCGACACCGAAGGCGAUCCGCUGCUGAACAUGCUAAUGAGACUACAGGAAGCGGCUAAUUACUCGAGUCCUCACAGCAACGACAGCGACUCGGUCACCUCCCUCGAUUCGUCCCACACUCGGCACUCGGAAGACCUGAGUUCAUCGACAUCGUCGUCCAGGGGUGUAGAAUCGGCGUUGUAACUCGACAAUGCCGGGCGGCACUGUUUCUACGAACGAAACGAAAUCUUUAGAGACGAGAUUUGCGCGAGGCCAGUUUGUACCAUCGAGACGGAACAACAGCUAUGAAUUUACACCCGUUUGGGACAUACAACCGAAUUAGAUGCAUCUAAAAAAAAAACUGUCACGAGAACAAGGAAAGAAUCAAAAGCAAAUUUUUAAUAACUUUAAGAUUACGAUUACAGAUUUUUCUCCCUCUAACUUUUUAUGACGAAAAAAAAAAGAAAAGAAAAGAUAUCAAAGAGAUAUUGCGAAACGGUCAAUGUAUCAAUGAGGACCAAAGAGGUCUUUGGUAAUACGCGGUACGGUGUUCUUUAUAAACAAAAAAAAACACGUCCUUUCAUUCGCUCUUAUAAACGAUAAGAAAAAUGGUGUGUAUUACCGGCGAAAUUAGGAAUUAGAAUCUGUCGAGAGAAAAAAAGUUUUUCAAUGCCUACAACUGGCCUAUAUUUAUUCUAGAUUUUUACGUGCGUCAGGCACCUCGGUGUGAUAUGUAAUUAAAAAUAAGUAAGAGACAAGUAAAGGCGAAUAACGCGGAUGUUCUUCGACAUAUACAUUGAUAUGGGUGCGCAAGAACGUAACGCCGCCACGCGAUGCAAUAAUCCACGCUGCCGUUAUGGAAGUACGAGUCUAUUUUAAACAAAUAAGAUUUCUACGGUCAAAGUGUACGAUCCAACAACGUAAGGUGUAAGCUUAACGCGCGGCUCUUCUCGAGAAAUUUCGGUGGGAUAUACAGUAUUAUAUCAUAGAGCGUAAACAACAAACAAACAAAAAAUAACGGCUUCGCACUGGGCCAAGGUUUUUAGGAUCCCCGGGGAACUGCCAUUCCUCUCGUCCACUACUUUUCAGGUAAUAGCUUAUCUUAUUCGAUAGACGGAUCUCAUAAACGAACCGCUCAAAGGGAGUGUACUGUCUCGCCUUCAGAAAUGCAGCGCAGAUCGAAGUGAGCACUGAUGAUGAUGGGUGUGCGUGCAAACAUAGUCUAUUUAUACAUACUUUGCUACGAAAGCUCUAUUUAAUUAAAAAAAAAAUGUUAAUAUAAAUAUAUAUAAAUACACACACCACACACUCGCGCGCGCGCGCGCGCGCAGACACAUACACACACACAAAACCUAAACGAUGACGGCGCUAAAUGUACGAUGACGGAUAAAGUUUAUAAUUAGCCAGUAAGAUAUGUGAGUAAUUCUGGUCAUGUAACAUUGUAAAUAUGAGAUACGAUUGGAAUGUACGAUGACGCUAGGAUGGAAAUUCAAUUGGAAGUCCCACCACGGUAGCCUGUGAGAGAGAUCCCUUUUUAGACAGCGGCGUGUAAAGUGUAUAAAGGGAAGUGGCGGAGGGGCAAAAGAAAUAAUAAAUCAUUCGCGUGCAAUUCAUUGGACCGUGCCGACUACCAAAGCGAAGACAGAAUAAUACAGGCUACACAGACUAUACAUAUUGUACAUGUUUAACAAAUAGGGGGCUUCAUGGGCCGCAUUCAGAUUUCGGUCGGUGGCACGAUGUCGUCGUGAAAUCGAUGUGCAUGUAACGUAACAAUUAUAAGUCGCAUUUACAGGUUUUUUUACGUUUGUACCGUAUUUAUACGCUGUACGACAUUGCACUCGACCUUUAUUCAAAUAACGAUAAUUACUGUGUCAUCAAAUAAAAAUCACACUAAACUUUA